GUGUUUUCUUUAGUGUUUCUGCGGAGUAUCACUUUCAGCUGACUGGUAGAGCUGCUAUGACCAAAACAACAGAUUACUCUGGCAGUGAGUUUGUCCAAGUUAAAAACCCACAUUCGGACACAACGGAGGAGAACGUUCUGUAUCACUUGGACUUGGGAACAAAGACGCACAACCUGCCAGCUAUGUUUGGGGACAUAAAGCUUGUCUGCGUUGGCAGCAGCCCAAACAGGAUGAGGGCAUUUGCCCAGUUCAUGCACAAGCAGCUGGGACUGGCGGGCGACGGGGAGGACCUGGCAGACAUCCGCGCAGGGACGGACCGGUGCGCCAUGUACCGGGCUGGGCCGGUGCUCUCCAUCAGCCACGGGAUGGGCAUCCCUUCCAUUUCCAUCAUGCUUCAGGAGGAACUAAUCAAACUGCUGCACCGUGCAAAAUGCCGAGACGUUACUAUUAUACGCAUCGGUACUUCUGGAGGCUUAGGGAUCGAGGCCAGGUCUGUUGUGAUCACGGACGUGGCGGUGGACUCCUCCUUCCAGCUGGUGGUGCUGGGUGACGUGGUGGUGCGGAGCACUGAGCUGGACAAGGACCUUGUAGGGGAACUACUUGCCUGCAGCAAGGAGAUCCCUGACCUUCCCACGCUCGUCGGCCAUACUAUGUGCACCUAUGACUUCUACAAAGGUCAGGGGAGAUUAGACAGAGCAUUGUGCUCUUUUUCCAGUGGAAAAAAGCGAGAGUACUUAAAAAGAGCUUAUGACACUGGCACGAGGAACACUGAAACGGAGUCCUCAGCGUUUGCUGCCCUGUGCGGGCUGUGUGGCCCGAAAGGUGAGUCCUCCCGCGGCCGCUUCCACGUCCUUCCCGCACCCCCGUGCUCCCCAGCUUCACCUCACCUGAGGCUGCCUUCCCCUCUUUUCCUGGAAAAGAAACAGGGCGAGUGGAGGGCACCUGCAGAGCGGUGCUGCGGCCAGCACCUCCCGCGGGGGUCCUGCCGCUUCGGCCCCUCCGGAGCAUCGGGGCAGGUCCCCAAGGAGCCCCGGGGAGGGCAGCGGGAGCAGGACCUCCUCGCCUUCCCCGCAGGGCAGUGCUUUAAGGCCCGGGUGCGUGAGGUCGUCUGCACGGCGCUCCUGGACCGCCUGGAGGGGGACCAGAUCCGGGCGCCCCGUGAGGAGGUGCUGCGGGAGUACCAGCAGCGGCCCCAGCGCCUCAUCGCAGCCUUCGUCCGAAAGCACCUGGGGCUGAGCUCUCCGGUGGGAAACACGCUUUUCUCCACAAACUGAUGGGCGAUGCAGCACGAGCAACGGGGCGCCGGGUCCCAGCCAGCGCAGUGAGGGUCUGUGCUCCCGCGCCAGGAGCAGCUGUGCAGGACCUACACCUGCCGGCGCACCGCGGCCCCUUUUUCCUGGGAAAUGGAAAAGACAGACCCGGUCA